AUGAACUACGUUCAGCUCGAAAAGCUCGGAGAGGGCACCUAUGCCACCGUAUACAAAGGUCGAUCAAGGCUCAACAACGAGAUUGUCGCACUCAAAGAGAUCCACCUCGAUGCCGAAGAAGGAACACCGUCAACUGCGAUCCGCGAGAUUUCGCUCAUGAAGGAGCUUCGUCAUACCAACAUUGUGCGCCUGUACGACGUUAUUCACACCGAGUCCAAGCUCAUGCUCGUCUUCGAAUUCAUGGAGCAGGACCUGAAAAAGUACAUGGAGAUUCACGGCCACCGAUGCGCCCUUGAUCCCGUAACGGUACGAUCCUUCAUGUUCCAGCUGCUAAAGGGAACUGCGUUCUGCCACGAGAACCGUGUCCUCCACCGAGACUUGAAGCCUCAGAAUUUGCUGAUUAACAAGCGAGGCGAACUCAAGCUGGCCGACUUUGGUCUGGCUCGAGCCUUUGGUAUUCCCGUCAACACGUUUUCCAACGAAGUCGUCACGCUAUGGUACCGCGCUCCCGACGUUCUCCUCGGUUCGCGCACCUACUCGACCUCGAUCGACAUCUGGAGUGCCGGCUGCAUCAUGGCCGAGAUGAUCUCCGGCCUGCCUCUCUUCCGUGGACGAGACAACAACGACCAGCUCAACCAGAUCUUGCGCAUUUUGGGCACUCCAGACGACAACACUAUGAAGAGGCUCGUCAACGACUCGCCCGAGAUUCAGAUGCGACCUUUCCCUCGGGUUCCUCGAGUGCCCUUCCAGAACAUGUUCCCCAAAGCGCACCCUCUGGCCAUCGACUUGCUCGACAAGCUCCUCAAAUUUGACCCCACACAGCGCAUCUCUGCCGACGAAGCGCUGCGACACCCUUACUUUACCACCUCGGCGGCCAUCGCCGGCCUUACGCAUCCGCAAAGCAACAGUCAGCUCAACCUCGGCAACGGCGGCGCACCUCAACAGGGCGCAUACCAGCAAGGCGUUCCAGGACAAUGA